CCGCAACCACCACUCCAUCACCACCACCCCACCUAUAUAUCUCGCGGCCUCGCAUCCCACCGCGACAAACCAGACACACACUCGCGCACACACACAAACACUGGCACGCUGAUCACCCAGAACAAACGCAACACUCUCUUCAGCUACCAAGCGUAGCCGGCGAGCUCUACCUCGUUGGCAUGGGGAACCACCUGGCGUCGUGCACGAUGGCGAGGGUGCCGGGGGCGGCGAGGGGGGCGAAGGUGGUGCUGCCGGACGGCGCGGUGAGGGCGGUGAAGGUGCCGGCGAAGGCGGCGGAGCUGAUGCUCGAGGCGCCGGGCCACUUCCUCGCGGACGCGCGCGCGCUGCGGGCGGGGGGAAGGAUCGCGGCGCUCGGCGCCGACGAGGACCUCGAGCUCGGGGGCCUGUACGCCGCGUUCCCCAUGAAGCGACUGGGCGCGCCCGCCGCGCCGGCGGACAUGGCGCGCCUGGCGGCCGCGGUGUCCAGGGAUCAGGCCGCCGCGCGGAGGUCGUCCGCCACGGCCAAGGUGGCGGCCGUCGUGGUGGCGCCGCAGCACGACGCCGCGAUGGCCGAGGAGGAGGAAGACGCCGCGCGGCCGAGGCUGGACGAGAUGGCCGUGGGCGACGCGGCGGCCGAGGCGGAGAUCAGCGAGCUCAAGCAGCGGAUCAGCGGCGGCCGCCGGUCGAGGCGGCCGACGUUGGAGACCAUACACGAGGAGAGCUACGCUCCAGCAGCAAGAUGCUAGUGAUAGUUUAAUUCAGUAGCCAACAAGUAACACAACUGGGAUGGCAAAAGGCCAUUUCUCGUAAUAUUUUUUCCUUCUUUUGAACGCUAUGUAAAAUAUUUCUUUCUUUGGCGCCACCUCUUUUUUCAUGUUUUUUUUGAGAGAGGAAAGGGGAAUAUAUGGAAGAAAAAGCUCGGUGGAAAGAUGAUUAAUGAAAUGAAGAUAUUUGAACAUUUCACCUACUUA